CCAGCUGGGACUUCCUGUGUGUGUGGGUUUGCUGCUGCUAGCGCAACAGAGCCUUAACGCUUUGUGUGCAAGGGGAAUAAGAAAAGGGGGGGAAUCAAAACACAGGCAGGCAGACAAAUCUGGGGGUGGAUAAGUAGCGGGGAUCUCUUUUGCCGGGGCUUUUCUGAAAGCACACGGAGGAGGGGAAAGGGGGAUUCACGAGCAGCCAGCCAGCCGCUGGAGGAGGAAGAGGAGGAGGCUGCACUGCGGAAUAACGGGAGCUAAAAGAGGAAGAGGUUUGUAGCUGCCGCUGCUGCUUGUCGCUGAUCCAGCAACUCAGGUUUGUUGUCUGUUUACAGUCACAAAGAUGGCUGCUUCGUCCUCUUGCAAUGUGGAAGACGACGAGAGCCUGAAGGGAUGUGAACGCUACGUUCAGAAGCAUAACAUCCAGCAGAUUCUGAAAGAGUGCAUUGUCAACCUCUGCAUAGCAAAACCUGACCGGCCGAUGAAGUUCUUGCGAGAACAUUUUGAGAAACUGGAGAAGGAAGAAUGCAAACAGAUCCUGGCUUGGCAGAAAUCCAACUCACAAUCGGAUUCCCACGAUGACGAAAUUUCUCCUCCGCCCCCAAACCCGGUGGUCAAGGCGCGGCACAGAAGGGGUGGAGUCAGUGCAGAGGUGUACACGGAAGAAGAUGCGGUUUCUUAUGUCAGGAAGGUUAUUCCCAAGGACUAUAAAACCAUGACUGCUCUGGCAAAGGCCAUCUCCAAGAACGUGCUCUUUGCUCAUCUGGAUGACAACGAGAGAAGUGACAUAUUUGAUGCCAUGUUCCCUGUCACACACAUUGCUGGAGAGACUGUCAUACAACAGGGAGAUGAAGGAGACAACUUCUACGUAAUCGACCAAGGAGAAGUGGAUGUGUAUGUGAACGGAGAAUGGGUCACCAGCAUUGGAGAAGGAGGAAGCUUUGGAGAACUCGCCCUCAUCUACGGAACGCCAAGGGCUGCAACGGUUAAAGCCAAGACAGACCUCAAGCUUUGGGGUAUCGACAGGGACAGCUACAGGCGCAUUUUAAUGGGCAGCACCCUGAGGAAACGGAAGAUGUACGAAGAAUUCCUCAGCAAGGUCUCCAUUUUGGAAUCUCUCGACAAAUGGGAGCGGUUGACUGUGGCAGAUGCUCUAGAACCAGUCCAGUUUGAAGAUGGAGAAAAGAUAGUUGUUCAGGGAGAGCCAGGAGAUGACUUUUUCAUCAUCACAGAGGGCACAGCUUCCGUUCUCCAGCGCAGGUCUGACAACGAAGAGUAUGUGGAAGUUGGACGGCUUGGACCAUCAGAUUAUUUUGGAGAGAUAGCCCUCUUGCUCAACAGGCCCCGGGCCGCCACUGUGGUGGCUCGUGGGCCCCUGAAGUGUGUCAAGCUGGAUCGCCCUCGCUUCGAACGAGUCCUUGGCCCUUGCUCAGAAAUCCUCAAGAGGAACAUCCAGAGAUACAACAGUUUCAUUUCCCUCACUGUUUAAGUCAUUCCUGCUGGCUGCCUUUUAUGUUAAAAACUUGUGCACUUAAAUUUUGACCCAUGCCGUUCCAUAGCUUUUUGAAGAAAACAAGAGACGUGUGUAUUUUAUGUAUAUUUUUUAAACGAUCAUGUCAGGGGCACUAGAUAUCCAAUCAUCAUCUUUGUUAUUAUGUUAGAAAAAAGGCAGUAGAGAGCUCGAUGAAAGUGGCUUUCGUGAACUAUUUGUAGGAUUUUUUAAAUUUGUUUUUUCACAUCCUGAAUUACAUUCCUGGUUGCCCUGGUCAUGAUGCCUAUCAGAAUGCAAUUAUAAACACUGAAAACCACACAUUUCAGCAUUUAUUUUACCUAAGUGUGCUGAACAGCUGGUCGUAUCUAUGUUUCGUCAAACUGUAAAACAAAACACCUAAACCCGCAACUACUUAACUUGAAUAUUCAUCUUCAGAAGUCUUCUUAGGCGGAUUAGACGUUUCCUAAGACCCUCCCCCCCAAAUUUUUUUUACAAAAUCCCCUUUUAACAUUUGUGAGAGUUGAUUAGCGAAUGGAGCCAUAGUCCAACAAGGAGCAACAGGCACAUAAGCUCAUUGAAAUCACCAGGCUUAAGCUACAGAGAGAGUUGAAGGAUAUUCAAAACAGACUAACACCAAAACAAAUCUCCCUUUUAUGAAUAUCCUACCCUGAGUGCGCUCAUCAGUGCGAUAAGGUUUGUUUUCCCUUCCUUUUUGGAAGGGAAAACUCUGCCCUGAGAUCGGUGGCUCAAAAUAGCAACAUGGUGUAAGAAGUGGGUGGGACCUCAGCUUUGCUGCUCCACAUCAAAGCUCCUUCCUGCGUUAAGGAUACCGUAGCUCCACACGGCUCAGGAAUUUGGCACCAGUGGCGAGGGAGGCUGCUUUUGGCACAGUCACGUAGCAGGUGACUUGGGCAUGGCAAUGGGACACUGACACUGCCAGAACUGAAAUACCUUUGGGGGGCAAUUAUAUCUGUUACGCUGUUUCCUCUUCUGAAUCCAGCAUGUUAUUGAGGAGGGAGCUGCCUUACACUGAGUUAGACUGUAGUUCUACUCAGCUACAUACUUUAUAGCCUCCUCUGACUGAAAGGUACCGUAUUUUUUGCUCUAUAAGACUCACUUUUUCCCUCCUAAAAUGUAAGGGGAAGUGUGUGCGCGUCUUAUGGAGCGAAUGCAGGCUGCGCAGCUAUCCCAGAAGCCAGAACAGGAAGAGGGAUCGCUGCUUUCACUGCGCAGCAAUCCCUCUUGCUGUUCUGGCUUCUGAGAUUCAGAAUUUUUUUUCUUCUUGUUUUCCUCCUCCAAAAACUAGGUGCAUCUUAUGGUCUGGUGCAUCUUAUAGAGCGAAAAAUACAGUAGGUCUCCAACAGAUCUCUUUCCCUCAACCCUGCUGCUCGAGACCCUCUUAAC